AUGCAUUACGUGGCCCCCUACCUGCUGGCCACCCUUGGGGGCAAUGCCUCAUCCAGUGCCAAGGGCAUCAAGAAUUUGGACAGUGUGGGCAUGGAGGCUGAUGAUGACCCUCUCAUCAAAGUCAUCAGUGAGUUGAAGGAGAGUACUGAAAAUGUCAUCACCGUGGGUAUUGGCGAGUUGGCCAGCUUGCCUGCUGGGGGCGCUGUGGCUGUCCCUGCUCUCCCAGAAUGUGCAGCUCCUGCAGCUGAUUCCACUUCAGUGAUCACAGAGGAGAAGAGACAAGGAGUCUCAGGGAGUCAGUCGAUGACAUGA